GUUUGAUAUAGCAUUUGAUGCAUUCAAAGCAGGCUUUUUUCAUGUGGACAUAGCAUUAGCCGCUGCUUGCUAAUCUCAUCAUGAGCUAGAACUAGAAAGAAAACAGAAAAAGUCACCCUAUACACACUCAAACUGACUCAAAGUGACCAGAUCACUAUUGAUUAAAAAAAAGUAAAGGGGAAAAAAGAGUCAUAUAGGUGUUUGGUGAGUUUAGUGGGUUGGGUUUGGCUUAAUCAAUGGAUCACAGACAGACUCUUUAGCGCACCACAAAUACGUGGAUCCCAUUUAAAGCCUCUCUCGAAAGACAAAGACAAAAGCAAUACGUACACAUGAGCCUUGUGUGUUGUGUAUAAAAAGCUAACUUUACAUUGCUUUUCUAUUGCUCAUUCCUCCAAUUCACUCAGUCCACACACACUACACCCGUAUUAGAGUUGGAUUCUGUGUCUCUCUGUCUGUCUUUCAUCUCAAGCCUUCAAGAACAAACAAAAGCUUUAUACUGAGAGACAAAAUUAAAGAGCUGUGGAUAUUAUACUAAUGGAGAAAAAAUUUCUUGAUUUCAUAUUUGUUCCUUCAGGCCUUGUUGUAAUGUUGUCAUACCACAUGUGGCUUCUCUAUCGAAUCAUGAAGCACCCCAACAAGACUGUCAUCGGCAUCAAUACCUUCAAUCGCCGCUUCUGGGUCCAAGCUAUGAUGGAGGAUGCGUCAAAGAAUGGUGUUCUUGCUGUACAGACACUGAGAAACAAUAUAAUGGCAUCGACCCUAUUGGCUUCCACAGCAAUAAUGCUUAGCUCCCUCAUUGCGGUUUUGAUGACAAGUCGCAGCUGGGAUAAAUCAGCAUUUCUUGUGUUUGGAGACAUGAGUGAGCUUGGCUUCUCCAUAAAGUUCUUCUCCAUAUUGGUGUGCUUCUUGGUUGCUUUCCUUUUCAACGUGCAGUCUAUAAGGUACUACAGCCAUGCAAGUAUCCUCAUCAACGUUCCUUUCAAGAAGAUGUCCAUAGAUCACCAUUAUCAACAUCUCACUGCUGAGUAUGUUGCUAAGACAGUGAAUAGGGGAAGCUAUUUCUGGUCUUUAGGAUUGCGUGCCUUCUACUUCUCCUUUCCUUUGUUUUUGUGGAUCUUUGGGCCCAUCCCCAUGUUCUUGUCCUGUUUUGUCCUGGUUUUCAUGCUUUAUUUCCUAGAUGUCGCAUUUGAGCUUGGGUGGACUGAUUCUGUUACUGCUGAUAAGGAUGAGGAACUUGGGAGGGAAACUUAAAAUUGGUCACUUAUAUAUGGUGGGUUUAUAGCAAUUUAUCAUAGAUGGUAGACUUUAAUAGCAUAGCAAUAUAAGGUUACACAUUCAACCCAAGUUGAAUUAAGUUGCACAUCAAGUUCUUUUAACUUGUACUAUCAUCUUGAAUAAAAAGUGCUUCAUUUUGGCAUGAUUUGUUAA